AUGUCUGCACACGAAUCUAUGAGAGCAGAUACCAUGAAGGCUAUCGUGAUACGUGGAACAGAAGCUCGGCUGGAAUCGAAUCGCCCUUUCCCCAGAUUAAAAGACGAUUGUGUCCUGAUCAAGACUGAAGCAGUCGCUCUCAACCCUACGGACUGGAAGCACGUCGCCCUUGGUUUGGGUGCAGACGGCUGCUUGCUAGGAUGUGACUUUUCGGGGGUGGUCAGAGUGGUCGGGCCAGCCGUGACGAAACCAUGGAAAGCUGGUGAUCGUGUAUGUGGGGUGGCUCAUGGGGGUAACAGAUUUGAGCUCGAGGACGGUGCUUUUGCUGAGUAUAUCAUGGUAAAAGGAGACAUACAACUCAGGAUCCCGGACAACAUGACCUUCACACAGGCAGCUACCCUUGGUCUUGGAGUAGCCACGGUCGGGCAGGGCUUGUACCAGUAUGCUCUCAAACUCCCGUUGCCUGUAGAAUCGCCAAAGCAAACUCACGAGGUAACAAACAUCUUGAUCUACGGUGGAAGUACCGCAACUGGCGCUCUGGGAAUUCAAUUUGCUCGAUUGUCCGGAUGCAAGGUGUAUACAACUUGCUCGCCCACCAAUUUUGAAUAUGUGAAAACACUCGGCGCCGCUGAAGCGUUCGACUACAAUGACGACAAAUCUAUCUCGAGGCUGCAAGAAUUCACGAAAGGUUCUGGUCUUAGGUUAGCAUGGGACACGAUCGGUACGCCUUUCAGCUCAGAGUUCUGUAUGCAGGCCAUGUCCAAGGGACCUGGCUGUAAAUACGGUUGCGUUUCGUUUCCACCAGUGCCAAUAUCUCGGAAUGAUGUUCUACCCACGGGUACAUUGAUGUAUUCUGCAUUCGGAGAACCUUUUGUGAAAAAAGGUAUCGAGUUUCCUGCGAAGCCAGAAGAUUAUGAGUUUACUAAGCAAUUCAUGGUCAUCACGGAAGAGCUGCUGGCUGCUGGCAAAUUGCGUCCACACAUCGAGCUUGUAGGCAAGGGUGGCCUUGGAGGUGUGCUGGAUGGGCUGCAAAGGAUGAAGAAUGGUAAGGUCAGUGGUAAUAAACUCGUCUAUGUAGUUGCUGAUACAGAGUGA